GCGCUGCCAUUGGUCCGGACACUCGGCUCCUUUUUUUCAAAUUGAGGCGCCGAGUCGUUGCUCGGUUUCUAGUUUGGGCGGAAACGAGAGCGAUUUGGCGGCCCGGACUGUUGCACCACGGCGCCUACCGCCAUAGUCCCGGGUGGAGACCGGCCGCGACGCCGACCUGCGGGCGUGGGUGCUCCUGACCGCGCCAGCACCCAGAAGGGGACGUGGGCACCCACGCCAUUGUCGGCAGCCGAGUCACUGCGCGCUCCCCAGUGCCCGUGUCAGCGUCCAGGCUUUGGUUUUUUGGUGGGGACAGUCAUGGCGUCCCAGCCAAAUUCCUCUGCGAAGAAGAAAGACGAGAAGGGGAAGAACAUCCAGGUGGUGGUAAGAUGCAGACCAUUUAAUUUGACAGAACGGAAAGCUAACGCCCAUUCAGUAGUAGAAUGUGAUCAUGUACGAAAAGAAGUUAGUGUACGAACUGGAGGAUUGGCUGACAAGAGCUCACGGAAAACAUACACUUUUGAUAUGGUUUUUGGAGCAUCUACUAAACAAAUUGAUGUUUACCGAAGUGUUGUCUGUCCAAUUCUGGAUGAAGUUAUUAUGGGCUAUAAUUGCACUAUCUUCGCAUAUGGCCAAACUGGCACUGGAAAAACCUUUACAAUGGAAGGUGAAAGGUCACCUAAUGAAGAGUAUACAUGGGAAGAGGAUCCCUUGGCUGGUAUAAUUCCACGUACCCUUCAUCAAAUUUUUGAGAAACUUACUGAUAAUGGUACUGAAUUUUCAGUCAAAGUGUCUCUGUUGGAAAUCUAUAAUGAAGAACUUUUUGAUCUGCUUAAUCCUUCUUCUGAUGUUUCUGAGAGGUUGCAGAUGUUUGAUGAUCCUAGAAACAAGAGAGGAGUGAUAAUCAAAGGUUUAGAAGAAAUUACAGUACACAACAAAGAUGAAGUCUAUCAAAUUUUGGAAAAGGGGGCAGCAAAAAGGACAACUGCAGCCACCUUGAUGAAUGCAUACUCUAGUCGUUCCCACUCAGUUUUCUCUGUUACAAUACAUAUGAAAGAAACUACAAAUGAUGGAGAAGAGCUUGUUAAAAUUGGAAAGUUGAACUUGGUUGAUCUUGCUGGAAGUGAAAACAUUGGCCGUUCUGGAGCUGUUGACAAGAGAGCUCGGGAAGCUGGAAAUAUCAAUCAAUCUCUGUUGACUUUGGGAAGGGUUAUUACUGCUCUUGUAGAAAGAACACCUCACGUUCCUUACCGAGAAUCUAAACUAACUAGAAUCCUCCAGGAUUCUCUUGGGGGGCGUACAAAAACAUCUAUAAUUGCAACAAUCUCUCCUGCAUCUCUCAAUCUUGAGGAAACUCUGAGUACCCUGGAAUAUGCGCAUAGAGCAAAGAACAUAAUGAAUAAGCCUGAAGUUAAUCAGAAACUCACCAAAAAAGCUCUUAUUAAGGAGUAUACGGAAGAGAUAGAGCGCCUGAAACGAGAUCUUGCUGCAGCCCGUGAGAAAAAUGGAGUAUAUAUUUCUGAAGAAAAUUUUAGAGUCAUGAGUGGAAAAUUAACUGUUCAAGAAGAACAGAUUGUAGAAUUUACUGAAAAAAUUGGUGCCCUUGAGGAGGAGCUAAGUAGGGUUACAGAGUUGUUUAUGGAUAAUAAAAGUGAACUUGACCAUUGUAAAUCUGACCUGCAAAAUAAGACACAGGAACUUGAAACCACUCAAAAACAUUUGCAAGAAACUAAAUUACAACUUGUUAAAGAAGAAUAUUUCACAUCAGCUUUGGAAACUACCGAAGAGAAACUUCAUGAUGCUGCUAGCAAGCUGCUUAGCACAGUUGAAGAAACUACAAAAGAUGUAUCUGGUCUCCAUUCCAAACUGGAUCGUAAGAAGGCAAUUGACCAACACAAUGCAGAAGCUCAGGAUGUUUUUGGCAAAAACCUAAAUAGUCUGUUUAGUAAUAUGGAAGAAUUAAUUAAGGAUGGCACCUCAAAACAAAAGGCCAUGCUAGAAGUUCACAAGACCUUGUUUGGUAAUCUGCUGUCUUCCAGCGUCUCUGCAUUAGACACCAUUACUACAACAGCACUUGGCUCUCUCACAUCUAUUCCAGAAAAUGUGUCUACUCUUGUUUCUCAGAUUUUGAAUAUGAUAUUAAAAGAACAAUCAUUAGCAGCAGAAAGUAAAACUGUACUGCAGGAAUUGAUUAAUGUACUUAAGACUGACCUUGUAAAUUCACUGGAAAUGAUAUUAUCCCCCACUGUGGUGUCUAUAUUGAAAAUCAAUAGUCAACUAAAGCAUAUUUUCAAGACCUCAUUGACUGUGGCUGAUAAGAUAGAAGAUCAGAAAAAGGAAUUAGAUGGCUUUCUCAGUAUACUUUGUAACAAUCUACAUGAACUACAAGAAUAUACAAUUUCUUCCUUGGUGGAAUCACAGAAACAAUGCGGAAACUUAACUGAAGACCUGAAGACAAUAAAGCAAACCCAUUCACAGGAACUUUGCCAGUUAAUCAGUCUCUGGACAGAGAGAUUCUGUGCUUUGGAGGAAAAGUGUGAAAACAUCCAGAAACCACUUAGUGGUAUCCAAGAAAAUAUACAGCAGAAAUCUAAGGAUAUAAUCAACAAAACAACUUUUCACAGUAAAAAAUUUUGUGCUGAUUCUGAUGGCUUGUCACAGGAACUCAGACAUUUUAACCAAGAAGGUACAACAUUGGUUGAAGAGUCUGUGAAGCACUGUGAUAAACUCAGUAGCAACCUGGAAAAAAUAUCUCAAGAGACUGAUCAGAGAUGGGAGUCUCUGAAUACAAGCACGGUUCAUUUUUCUGAACAGUGGGUAUCUUGCUUAAAUAAAAGGGAACAGGAACUUCAGAAUUUACUGGAGGUUGUAAACCAAUGUUGUGAGGCUUCAAAUUCAGAGAUCACUGAAAAAUUACGUGGAUAUAAAGCAACUAAUGAGAACCAGCAUAACAUUUUUCUUGAUCAGAUAACUAUUGAUGAAGGAAAAUUGGUAGCACAAAAUGUAGAACUUAAUGAAACUAUAAAAGUUGGUUUGACUAAGCUUAAUUGCUUUCUGCAACAGGAUCUGAAACUGGAUACCCCAACAGGUACAACACCACAGAGAAAAAAUUACUUAUACCCAUCAACACUGGUGAGAACUGAACCACGUGAACAUCUUCUUGAUCAGUUGAAGAGGAAACAGCCUGAGCUGUUCAUGAUGCUCAACUGUUCAGGAAAUAACAAAGAAGAAACCAGUCAGGACAUGGAUGUAGAAAAGGCAGUUCUGAGGCAAUACGUUGCAGAAGCUCUAAGUCAAGAGCCAUCUGUAGAUGCUAGUGUGGAUUGUUCGUCAAUUGGCGGAGUUCCAUUUUUCCAGCAUAAAAAAUCACAUGGAAAAGACAAAGAAAACAGAGGCAUUAAUCCACUGGAGAGGUCUAAAGUGGAAGAAACUACAGAGCACUCUGCUACAAAGAGCAGAUUACCUCUACGAGCCCAGAUAAAUCUUUAGCUAACUUGAGGGUCAGAGAUUUUAUUUUAAAGAAACAUUAAAAAUAAAACCUGAAACCCCAGAACUUGAGCUUUGUACAUAGAUUUUAAAAGAAUCGAUUAAAUCAAGAUAGUACUGUAAACUUUAUUGAAUUAAUAUCUACCCAGUUUUCUGUCAUCCUAAAGUUCACUGUGUAUUAAGUUGGGUUUCAUCUGGAAUUUGCAUUUAGUAAAUAUAUAUUUCUAGUUUUUCAUAUAAUGUAGCUCUUUUAUAAAAAAUGAAAAAAAUUUUGUACAUUAUUAAAUGGGGAAUAUAUAGGAAUUAUAUUGGUCUUCUAGACUUGAACUUACAUAGGUAAAUAUCAUCAGCACCUGGCCUUAGAAAGGACCAUCUCAUUUCUUUUCUUGCUAUGCCUUAAUUAAGUCUAUAUUUGCUUGCGUACUCUCUAGACUUCCCUCUGCUCAAUUUCUCCCUUUUUAUUUUUCACCAAACCAUUUGUACAGCUACAAAAGGUAUCCUUAUUAUGAGAGAUAGCCAGAAUUUUACAAAGAAAUCUUUAACACUUUUUAGUGGUUAUCUCUAAAAUCACUGUCAACAAUAAACACAACCCUAGAAGUAAAUAUCCCUUCCUUCAAUAUUUUUAAUUUGUUUCCCAUAGAUAAGAAAGCAUUUCAUUUUUUGUUAUGAGGCCUAACAAAUAAGCCCCGCAGAGUUCACAAAAAUCCCACUUCUCCAGAAUAUAUAUUGCUGUUAUAGGAGCACUACCUAGAGCUCUGAUUAAUGGUUAUGCUGCCCCACUCUAAGGCCUGUGUCUUUUGGAGAAGGUCACAGUGAUUUAAGGACUUUUUGAAACUAUUAUUUGUGUCCAUAAUUUAUAUUCUUUUGUUUACCUGAUGAAACUUUCUGUUCCUUUUUCGUAUAUAAUAAAAUAUGUAUAUGUA